AUGGCAGAGCAUCUCUCCCAGAGCGAGCUGGACUAUCCAUUCAAACUUCUGGAGUACUUCAGCGGCUUCAGGGUGUCCAAGGUGAUCUUUUCUGCCUGUGAGCUGGGAGUGUUUGACCUCCUGCUGAGGUCCAGGGAGGCCCUCAGUGCCCGGUUCAUGGCCCAGGAGCUCGGCACCAGCGUGGACGGGAUGGAGAGGCUGCUGGAUGCUCUGGUGGGCAUCGAAAUUCUGGAGGUGGAGCGGACGGACCAGACAGCGUUGUACAGCAGCACCGACGUGGCGAACCUGUACCUGGCCAAGGGAAGUGCAAAAUCUCUCCACGACAUGAUCAUCUACCAGUCCCAAACCAUCUACCCGCUGUGGAACAACAUCGCGGACGCCGUCAGGGAGGGGAAGAAUCAGUACGAAAAGACCUUCGGCCUUCCCUCUGAAGACGUUUUCCAGACUAUCUACAGAUCAGAGCAGGAAACGGUCAAAUUUAUGGGUCUGAUGAAUUCCUCGUGGGUUCUCGACGGACACGAUGUCGUUACGGCGUUCAACCUCUCCUGCUUUCAGAGGAUAGUUGAUCUGGGAGGUUGCACCGGCGCUCUGGCCCAUGAGAUGGUGAAGGCGUACCCCUCGACCUCCGUCGUCGUCUUUGACCUGCCGGAGGUCGUAGAAGCAGCUCUGAAGCACUUUUCACAAGAGAGCAGCGCUGUUGUGUUUCAAACCGGAGAUUUCUUCAGAGAUGAAAUCCCUGCUGCUGAUCUGUACAUCCUGGCCCGGAUCAUCCACGAGUGGCCCGAGGAGAAGUGCCGGACCUUGCUGAAGAGGAUCUAUGAAGCCUCCAAGCCCGGCGGCGGCGUCCUGCUGGUGGAGGCCAUGUUGUUUGAAAACAGGCGAGGUCCCGUCAUGGCUCAGAUGUUCUCGCUCAACAUGCUGGUGCAGGCGGAGGGCCGAGAGCGCUCGCCAUCAGAAUACGUCCGCAUGCUUGACGAGACCGGUUUCCACAACGUUCAGGUCUGCCGGACCGGCAAAUCCUACGACGCCAUCUUGGCCAUGAGAUGA